CAGUCGAGAAAUUAACGUGGGCUCUGGCGCACGUAGUGCACGCGCUUUAACGGCCAUGAAAAAGGCCGUGCUUGCGCACUCAGGACCUCUCAACUAUGCCAGAGCAGUGGCUCAUACAGAGCCACAGCCGGUGCAGCAAACAGGACAAGCACCAGUGUUGAUACAGCCGAUCAGGGCUUCAGACCCAGUGGCUAAGACAAAAGCCGAGAUAGGACCAGAAACAGAGGCAAGAACAGGUUGUAUAGGAGUGGCAGGAGCAGCAGGAGCAGCAAUGAGUGCAGCAGGAGCAGGAACAGGCAGUACGGGUGGUUCAGUGGGGAACAAUACAAGUGCAGCGCCUAUUGGAGCAUCUCUCGGGGUUAUGAGGGGACGGCGUGCACAGAGGUCAUCAAGCAGCCCCAACAGGGCGUACAAGACGAGGUCACAUCAUUCUGUGCACCGUGUAGGAGCUCCGGGGGCAAUACUGGCAGGAGGAGCAGGAGGAAUGCCGGGAAUCGAGGUGCCGGCGGUAUCAGCGGUGCCAGUGGUCCCGGCAGUGCCAACAGGGCCAGCAGUGCAACAGCCGGUGCAGACAGGGGCGUCAGUGCCAUUGGCGUGUGCUACGAAUGAGCAUGUGGGGACGCCGCCACAGAGUGUGCAGACGGGGCAGGCAGCGGGGAGUGAGUAUACGGUGGGCGGGACGGGGAUUUCGAGCCAUCACCGGCGUAAUUCGUCGAUUCAUUCGAGUCGCUCGUCAUUAUCUCCGUGUCACCAGAAUCAGACGGUUUAUCCGCCCUAUGCAUACCAUACAUCGCCUUAUUUUUUUGGUAAUUAUUGAGUCUGGCAUAGUUAUGGCA